AUGCUUUCCCAGGUUGCCUCACUCUUCGAUCCUCUUGGACUGGUUGGUCCUGUUAUCGUGAAGGCAAAGAUUAUGCUGCAGCGGCUGUGGGAGGAUAAGCUGGAUUAUUGGGAUGAAUCCGUUCCUGUGGACAUCGCUACCUCCUGGAGCAAAUACAGGGAGCAAGUCGAGCUCCUAAAUAACUUCAUCGUUCCUCGUCAAGUCACAACAGAGAAUGUAAUCAAUGUCCAGUUACAUGGUUUCUGCGAUGCAAGCGAAAGGGCUUAUGGAGCAGUGCUAUAUCUGAGAUCUACAACUUUUUUGGGGAUCCACACUGUUCGAUUAAUUUGUUCCAAAACGCGGGUAGCGCCAAUCAAGAAAGUAACUUUACCCCGGCUUGAAUUGAGCGCGGCGGAUCUUCUUGGUAAAUUGCGCGGAGCCACUAUCAAGUCACUUAAAAUUGAGAUAGAGAAAGAGUUUUUUUGGUCGGACUCUACGAUCGCGCUCCAUUGGAUCCAAACUUCACCACACAGAUUGAAGACCUUUGUUGCGAACCGAGUUUCGCACAUUCAGGAGAACACGCAGCAUAGAAAGUGGAGACACGUGCCGUCUCAGGACAAUCCCGCAGAUGCGUUGUCAAAAGGACAGUUUCCCCGCGAAUUUGUCAACAACCCCAUUUGGAAAAGUGGACCGUGUUGGCUAUCCAAGGAUGAAGCUGCUUGGCCGCUGAAUUUAAUACCUAGUAUUGAAAUUCCGGAACAGCGCUCAAUUGUUGUCCUGUCAAACGUUCACGGUGUCGAUACGGAUCUGUUUCUAAGGUUUUCAUCCUUUGCUAAGAUAAAAAGAGUCAUAGCGCGCUGUAUACGAUUCGCUUCUAAGUGUCGCUCCUUGGAGGUCGCCUCGGGGGACCUCAGCGUCGGGAAUUUGGGUGACGCCGAGAUGCGUAUUAUGAGAUUAGUCCAACUCUCAGCCUUCGAGAGCGAGCUGCGUAGUUUGCGUGAGAAGCGUCUGUUAGACAAGAAAAGUAGGAUAUUGUCUCUUAGCCCGUUUUUGGAUGUCGAUGGGGUACUCCGAGUCGAGGGUCGAUUGAGUCACGCGGAUCUGACUUUUGCUCAGAAACAUCCUAUCUUAUUGCCAGCUAACAAUCACGUUUCCGAGUUGAUAAUUCGCGAGACUCAUAUCAAACUUUGUCAUGCCGGAAGUCAGGCGACCUUGUAUGCAAUUAGAGAAAAUUAUUGGCUGCGCCAAUCCGACGACGAUCUCAAGAACGGUGUCGGUAGCGCGAAAAAUAGAAGAGUCAACGAGCAAUCGACGGAAUUAGAGACUCCGUUUCCGAAUCGGAGCAACGUCGACUCCCGGACUCACGACGACGACAACGUCAGUACUUCGAAACGCGACGUCGAACGUCAUCCGGUGCGAAUUCUGGAAAGAAGAUACCUAUUAACUAAGACGCGAUACAAAUUCAUAGACGUCGGUAUCACAGCCGUCCUCCCGUGCUACGUACACAUUGUCAUAGGGGAUUGCUACGGCAAGGAGAUCUCGCUCUCGCCUGGAACGUGGAAGAAACUCGUCGAUCAAAAACGCGCGGUGUUGUCCCACCUACAGCGCGGCAAGAACGAGCGCGUUCCACCACCGAUGUGCAUCGAAAACGGACACUUAAGGGCUUACACCUGA